AUGAAAUGGCUGCUGUACUUCCGUCGCAUGCAGAACUUGAAUAUGGAAUUUUUCGGGAGGGUCCCAAUAUGCAGUGACCCGGUAAACAUGAAAGGAAAACGGCUCGACAUACUUCAGCUGUCAGAUAUACAGUGUGAUUGUCGAAUUCCUGGGAAGAUUUACAAAGGAAACCGGAACGAGACAAAAGACGGGAAGGUGUGCAACGAAUGGAAAAAGGAAACAUCAGUUGAAUCAGAGUAUGGUGAAAUGGUGAAAACAGAUAAAAAGUAUUGCAGAAACCUUUAUACAGAUGAACCUGUAUGUGUUCCCAGAAAGCAGUCGGAUUGGACCUCGUGUGGUGUUCCCAUUUGCAGUGACAAUAUCUGUGUAAAUGAUGAAUUUCUGCAAAAGAGGUACCAAUUCUUGCCCUUGCACAACCGGUUACAGUGUAUGUACAGAGAUUUAAGCUCAUUGCUGCCAUCAUCGCUGCUUCACUGUGGACUAGCACAAAGCCUUGUGAAGACAAUACAGCUCAAGAACAUACAAUGCCCAGACCACAGAACCAUGACCAGAGCUCUGACAUUGCACACAGACGACUCCAAACAAAUGUUUGAGAAAUGUUACCGUCUUGAGAACAAUCAGCGUGAAUUCUUGACGAGGAGAAUACAAAAGGGACAAUAUUGUCUGAAAUAUCUGAAAAACAUAUUCUUGUCUGAAACAAAGGAACAGUUCUGCAGGUCAAUGUCCGUGUUUGCAAACUGCAAGUUGUCAAAAUUGAUGGAGGUCACUGAUGAAACAAUCACAGAAUAUGACAAGAGCUUUGUUGUCAGACGACUACAGAGAGAGCUCCAGCACAUCGGAAUUGAACAGUACAACUGUGAGGCAUAGUUAUCAGUUUUUUUUAAUUUAAAAUUUUAUUCCUUCAACCUUAA